AUGGCGGACCGCGGCCUUAUUCCACUCCUGGUCACGAUGAUGCUCGUGACCGGAGUUUGCAAUACCAUCCUCAACAAGUACCAGGACAUGCAAUGCGUACGCAACUGCGACUCCCCCAAUCUCAAGGAGCGGAAGCAUUUUGAGCAGCCGGUUAUCCAGACGGCGCAGAUGUUUGUCGGUGAAAUGGGCUGCUGGAUAGUUGUCGGAGUGUCCAUUCUCUACAAGCGCUUCGUCGCGCCCCGGCUGUCCCGCGAGCCGUCCCCGCUCUUCGAGGGCGGAUACCGGCCUGUGCGUGGCGAGGACGGCGGCCUCGACGAUGACGAAGAUUGUACGCUUGACGGCCGCGAUGGUCAAGAUCUUAACAAACCCGCAAAUGAACCGGAUGAUCGCAUCAAGCUGCGUGGGUGGCGGAUCCUCCUUCUUGCCGCGCCGUCGUGUUGCGACAUUGCGGGCACCACCUUGAUGAAUGUAGGGCUGCUCUUCGUUGCCGCCAGUAUCUACCAGAUGACCCGCGGAGCACUGGUGCUCUUCGUCGGCCUGUUCAGUGUGCUGUUCCUCCGUCGCAAGCUCUUCUUGUACCAGUGGAGUGCGCUGUUUGUCGUGGUUCUGGGCGUUGCCCUGGUUGGUCUUGCCGGUGCGCUCUUCAGCGGCGAUACCGGUCAUGAUAUCACCCAGGACGACGGUGCCCUUAUGAAAGCAGGCGGAAGGACUCCUGAGGCGGUACAGACUAUCGUUGGUGUUCUGCUUAUUGCUGCAGCCCAGAUCUUUACGGCUUCGCAGUUCGUGCUGGAGGAGUGGAUUCUCGAGAACUACGCUAUGGACCCCAUCCAGGUUGUUGGCUGGGAAGGUCUUUUCGGAUUCUCAGUCACUGUGAUUGGCAUGGUGUUUAUGUAUCUGGUCGUGGGUCGCACCGACGCCGGCCGGUAUGGCUACUUCGACAUGAAGGAAGGAUGGCACGAGGUCAUCACGAACCGCGCGGUAGCGAUGUCCAGCAUUCUGAUCAUGAUCAGUAUCGGCGGCUUCAACUUCUUCGGUCUCUCCGUCACCCGCACCGUGUCCGCCACCUCCCGCAGCACAAUCGACACAUGCCGCACCCUCUUCAUCUGGCUCGUCUCGCUGGGACUGGGCUGGGAGUCCUUCAAGUGGCUCCAAGUCGCUGGAUUUGUACUUCUCGUGUACGGCACUUUCCUCUUCAACGAUAUCAUCCGCCCUCCUCUCAAGGCUUGCCUUCCAUCCAACCGGAGGGAGGGCCAGGUGCUGCUUCCCGAGGAGCCAAUCGAGCACUUCUAG